UAAACCUCUCUUUCUCAUAUGCAAACACACGACGAGAUGGAGGUUUGUUCAACAGUCACGACGAAGAAGCUCUCAAGCCUUGCGAAACUAAUCCUCUUAACCAUCCAGAAGGUCUCAGACGCCUCACGUCACAAACUCCUCACAACUCUCGAUCCACACCUACUCGCAAAACAUGGCAAGACCCUACGCAAGUCUCUGAACGACGCCGUAUCAACUUCCCACUCCCGCAUCACGUGCCGUCCCUCCGACCACGACGACGUACGAUCCUCCUUCAUCUCGCCUGUCCCCAUCCAGCUUGACUACGAGUUCAGCUGCAGCAGCACCCCACCGAGACGUUCCUACGCCUCGGCCACCACCGGCUGCCACGUCAGCAACGGAAGACGCAAACCGCUUAUCAACAAACGCCAACGCCACGCGUAUAUCAGGUACAACACGCUCCCCAAGGUCAGACACGUGGCGGCGGCCGUGUUUCCUGACGUAGCUAGCAGCACGGGAACCAUGGAUAGCUGCCACGUGGACAGAGCCGCGGAGGAGUUUAUACAGAGGUUUCAUAGACAGCUUAGGUUGCAGAAGUGGAUGAUGGCUCAGGAGGUUUAGAACAUUUGAUUCAUCAGCGUCACUUUCAUUACACCCAAUAUAUCAUAGCAGUUUUUAAAUAAAAUUAAAAAUAGGAUCAGCUUGGAUGAAACAGCAGGAGGAAUCAAUCUUCGAGAUAGCUCUUUGUGUGUAUAA